UGAUAUUUAUAAACGCACAAACUGUGCACAAGUGCAGUUGCAUCGAGUCUGCAAACAUGGUACUUUCAAUGAGUCGUUUCGCCGGAAAAGUGGCCGUCGUGACCGGAGCCAGCUCCGGGAUUGGUGCCGCCAUUGUGGAAAAGCUCGUGGAAAACGGCCUUAUUGUCGCCGGAGUCGCCAGACGGUCGGAAAUCAUCGAAGAAUGUGCCAAAAAAUACGCCGGGAAAAAGGGGAAACUUCACGCUGUUAAGGCCGAUAUGAGCAAGGAGGAGGACGUGAUAAGGGCCUUCAAGUGGAUUGAGAGCAAUCUGGGGCCCAUCCAUGUCCUGGUGAACAAUGCUGGGUACGCUACCAUGGGUGGGUUAACCGAUGGGAAGACAGAAGAGUGGCGGAAAACCCUGGAUUUGAAUAUUAUUUCCCUGUGUGUUGCCACAAGGGAGGCUGUGAGGCUGAUGAGGGCCAAUAAAGUCAAUGGGCAUAUUAUCCACAUUAACAGUAUUUUUGGGCACCAGGUGACCACUCACACUUGGAAUAUUUACCCAGCGUCCAAAUACGCCGUCACGGCGCUCACUGAGACGCUGAGGCAGGAGCUGAACGCUCUGGGGUGCAAGAUUAAGAUUACGAGUGUAAGCCCAGGUUUGGUCGCCACUGAGAUGACCACCAAAAACAAAAAUGCGCCUCCGGACACCAAAGCCUUCCUCGCAAAAUUGCCGAUUUUGCAACCGGAGGAUAUUGCUGAUGGGAUUUGCUACGCACUGUCCACUCCAGAGCAUGUCCAAGUCCAUGAACUGACCAUUCAACCUUUGUAAUUUUUUCCAGAGUUUUCACAUAACAUAUUCUGUGUCUUUUCCAAAUGUAAUAACACUUACUACGUAGACUAGCUUUUAUAUAAUUUACAUGAGGUUGUGUGUUGGAGGUAAUAAAAUAAAUAAACAAAACAAAUAAUUGCA